CACAGUUUAGAAACAACAGGGUGAUUACGGUGGCCGAGAAAACCAUACGUAAACAAUCAAUCACAAACUAUUUCAGUAAAUGGAAUCUACGUUAAAUAACAAAGGGCAAUGGAGGAUAUAUGCCGAGUUUGCUUGGGAAGCCGCGAUGGCAUGGUCAACAUAUUCGAAGGCACACCAGGACUGGGUCCUUCAAUUCCGGUCAUGAUUGCCCAGUGGUCCGGCUACGAGGUUGUGAAAGGCGACUCCCUACCGGAACUCAUAUGCCCAAGCUGCCUGGAGGAUGCGCACAUUGAAUUCUAUAAGCAGCAGACCUCCAAGAUAGGCCACCAAUUCCUGUCCCAAGUUAAAGUGGAAGACACCGAGGAGGACUCGCAGUAUGAGUUUUGGAAGGUUUCAAACUACGCGACUGGAAAAUCAAAUUCUAGUCAAAAGAUAGAUUGCCCAGAUAAUCUAAAAGAAGAAGAUUCAUAUUUAACUGAUGAAAGGAAUGGACAUCAAUUCCAUCAUCUGCAAAAGUUCAGUGAAACUGUUCAAUCAGAUGACUAUUUUAAAGACGAUGAAAAUAGCGAAAUAUCAGUCGGCGAAAAUUUUCAAUCCGAUUCAGAUAUUAGAGAAGAUAAACCUACUGCACCUGAUCUAUCUAACUGCCACAUUCAAGAGGACAACUUCGGAGAUGAAGUUACAUCAGAAGACGAAAUUGAUAAAGCCGAUGGAGAGCUCAAAUGUGUUGUUAAGACUGAUGAUUCAGAACCUUGUAUACCAAAGACGUUUUUAUUGCGUGACGACAAUCAUGAACGACCCCACAAUUGUUUCCAAUGUGGAAAAUCCUUUGCGCGCUACUGUAGUUAUAAGAACCACCUCAGGACUCACGCCAAAGAAGACAUUGACUCUCCUACAGACCAUAAUCAACAUAUUGACACAUUUCAAAAGACAAAAAAACCUCAAGAUCAGAAUAGAUCACCUUCUAAACGGCACGACCGUGUUAAAUCGGCUGGCCGUAAAUAUACGUGCACAUAUUGCCCUAAAUUUUUAUUGGGAAAAAGUGCUCUUGCAAAACAUUUGCGUGUCCACACGGGAGAACGUCCGUACAAAUGUAGUCUUUGUCCGAAGGCAUAUAAGCAAAACAUAGAUCUAAAGCGACACAUUGUUUCUCACACCACGAGAAAACAAUUCAAGUGUAAUCUAUGCGAAAGUACUUUCUUUAGUAACACCACCUAUGAGUUGCACAUGCGGAAACAUGAGGGAGUAGUGCCGUAUAAAUGUGACAUAUGCCAAAGAGUUUUUAAGUUUUAUACUGAUCUAAAGAUACACAUCCAAUCUCACAACGACGAACUACCAUACUCAUGCAGUCGAUGUUCCCGGGCUUAUAAGAAAUCAAACGAUCUUAGAAUACAUUUAUUGACACACGACCAGGAUGCUCAGACUGACAUAAAAGUUCGGAAUUUCAAAGAAGUUAAAUGUACUCAUUGUCACAAGAAGUUUGCGAAUAAACAUAGAUUACAGGUGCAUACCAGGAUACACACUGGAGUCGAGCCGUAUAGAUGUGAUAUCUGCAAAAAGACCUUCAAGUAUGCUACAUCACUGAAAGUGCACACUAUAACUCACACAGGCAAACGACCCUUCGAGUGCGACUACUGUUCAAAGGCUUUUGGUCAACAAAUCGAUUUAUAUCGCCACAUCCGGAUCCACACGAGGGAAAGACCCCACAAGUGUAACCAGUGCGAGAGCGCCUUUAUGAGACACUCUCGCCUCAAAGCACACCUUCUUGUGCACUCGGAGGAAAGGCCGCAUAAGUGCACCCAAUGCCAAAAGCGAUUCAAGGUGUCGUCAAGUCUUAGUCGGCACAUGAGGACUCACACGGGCGAGAAACCCUAUAAGUGUGAUCAUUGUCCGAAAGCUUUCGCAGAUGCCAGAACUCUUAGGAACCACAUCCAGAAUCAUUUGGGAAAAUAACUUUGAAUUACGACCCGUGGUUCCUAUGUUGCAUGUAUUCCUAUGUGAAUGUAAAUAAAAUGUUCCACGAGUUAGAUAGCUGGUAACUAAAUAAAUAUAAUAUAUUUACACGUGAUAUUGAGUUUUUUAAUUCAACGAAAUAAUUUAUGUUUUUUCCAAAAUAAAAUACAAAAAAAUAUCAAACAAAAUGAAAUGGUAUAUUAAUUUCUUACAAGCUCUAUUAUAUUUGAUAAGCUUUUCAUACUAGGAUUUCAAUAAUUUUGGAGAAAGCGAUUGCUAUGCAUCGAUAAGUGGCCGAUUUUAAGAAAAUAUCGUGACAGUUCGAUUACAAACGAAUGACAUUUCUGGAACAGGGUCGAUUCUUAUACUUCUUAAAAUAAGUUCAGAGGUAAAAUAGCACCGUUUUCGCCUAUAUUUUAAGUUAUUUUAUUAAUUACCGUUUCUAUUUAAGAGACAUGGAAGCUAUAUGCCGCGUUUGCUUGUCGGACUACGACGAACUGGUCAAUAUAUUCGAUGAAAUGCCAGGACCUGGACCCUCGAUUCCGGAUAUGAUUGCCCAGUGGUCCAAGUAUCCAGUUUUUAAAGGCGACUUUCUUCCCGAACAUAUUUGUCCAACUUGUCUGGAAGAUGUGAAGACUAAAUACAAGGUGCCAAUGACCUUAAAUUCUCCAAGGAUCGAACCUGCUGUUUUUGAUGAUACCGAAGAAUCAAAUUACCAUGCUCAAGAGAACGAACCACGCGUAGGCUACUUAUUUCAAAACUAUUGCUCUAGUCAGCAAACUAAGGAUGCGCUUGGGGACCAUAUUGAUUCGAAUUCGAAUGACAAGAAAGACACUUGUGUAAAACAACAUAAAUGUAAUGACUGCUUAAAGGCCUUUCGGUUCAAAAACCAACUUACAAUGCACAUUCGGACUCAUACGAGAGAGGGGCCGUACCAGUGUCCACUCUGCUACUGUGCGUUUAAGCAAAAACACCAUCUCCUACGACAAGUGAUCGAUCACACAAGGAAGGACCAUACAAAUGCUUUAUAUGCCAAAGGGCCUUUGAGAGACAAUCUCUUCUCGAAACUCAAAAUUGAAUUCACUACUGAUCUGUGCGUGGAAAAUGGAAUUCAAACAUGCCCUCCUAUUCCACACAACACUCUGUGAUUUAAUAUAUAUAUAAUAUAUAGUAUAAUAUAAAUAAAUAUAAAUAAAUACUCAAAAUCGCAUAAGAUUUAUUGUUCGAUAACAUUUAAACUAGUUUUCAUACUCGACAUUUGCUUUAAAAUUCAACAAAAUUAAAA